AUGGCUACAGAAUUUUUGCGGUGCGGGCACUUCUGGAAAGGGGAAGCUGCCGUAACAAAGUGGGCCGUUUUCGUUUCCCUACACGACGUGGCAAGAUUUCCGGUGCGGAAGGAAAAAGCGCCGUACCAAGGUGCCUUUAGUUUUUACCUGCACGCAUGGCAAGAAGCCUGCCGUAACGAAGUGGCGCUGUUGUUUCCCUACACGACAUGGCAAGAAAAAGUUCUGCGCGAGCACUUCUGGAAGGAAAAGCGGCCGCAACGAACUGGCGCUUUUGUUUCCAUUUUCGACAUGGCAAGAUAA